AUGCUUGUGGCACCCCUGUUGAUUUUAUUCAUACAAAACCGCAGUUUCUCUAAAGUCAUCUGGACUGGUGUACUAUUCCGGUGUGUAUUAAUUCCGUCCGUUAUCUUCUGGCGCCGAAAGUUAGGAUUGCUAAUUACCGAUGAGCUAGAGCACACCUUCAAGAUACCGUACAUCAACAAGGAGGUGAGCAACCGAUUAUACUACCGAGUGGUAGCGGCCCUCUUAGACAUGUACGGGAUACUAACCUGUAUCUACAUCUACGCCGAAGACGGCAAAUUAAUUGCGAAUAUCCGGAAUACGGAAGACUUCUGGGAUCCCUAUUUGAAACAAGUGGAUGCUAAUAUCUUUAACACGCCGAUAGAUAUCGGACUGGGCGCCUACAUGCGAAGUUUAACCUCUCCGACAUUUUAUAAGGUCUUAGGGGAGUAUCUGUCCUUCACGUAUUUCUUCUUCUACUUCAUACUCGUGGGGAGUUGGUUAUUGGCCUGGUACUUCACCGCACACAGAGAGUACUUUGAUAGAGUGGCGGCCGCGAUGGCCAUGACUUACCUCGUAUGCGAAGUGUGCUUUCUAUUCAUGCCCGCUGCUGGGCCGUACUGGAAAUAUCCCCAUCCCGAGGCAGCAGAGGUGGGCUGGGUUUUUUCUUACUUAACGCACAGAGCUGUAGAAGGAGGGAGUAGUUCAGGGACAGCGUUCCCGUCGUCUCACUGUGGCAUCACUACGGCCGGUAGGGUGAUUGGUUAUAUCCGUUAUCACUCAUCUCUUUCUAUGCAGUGUGCAACCUGGCUGUCCAUGUACAUUUACCUUCCUCGAGUGGGACUGGCGUAUGUGCUAGUAUGUCCAGGAUUGUGGUUUGCUACCAUGUGGUGUGGCUUCCACUAUGGUAUUGAUUCCAUCGUCGGCAUCGUCGUGGGCCUUCUGUGCACGGCGUUUGCACACGCCUUCGCACGUGUUCUACCGUACCGAGUGCCAAGCAACGACCCAUCCUAUUCAAUAGCAUUUCGCAACAGACACGGGGCCACGCCUAGCUUCUAUAUUAGUGCAUACGGAAACGAUGGUAUUUUGCGCCAAUCCGAAGUGAUCGAGGGAGAAACUGAGCCAGAUAGCCUGUUGGGGCCCGGAGAGAAUACUUCUGAUCCCGAUCAUGGAACAACCCACGAGAAAAUGGCAGCAGACGAUCGAUCACCACUAUUGCCCAAUCUGAGAAAUUAA